CUCUCUCUCUCUCUCUCUCUCUCUCUCACUCAUAUCUUACUACAUUUACCUUCGCCUUCAUCCCAUCAGGCGCUUCCUCUUCCAAUGCAGCAGCGACUUCUAGUCAAUCAAGCUCGAUCCGUGAUGAGCUGCGGCUUGCGGGCAGCCUGAUCCGGCGAGGAGGCUCCAUUGCUGACCAGCAUCGACCAGGACAAAAAAACCAUGGAAGUUGUGACGGGGGCUCUGCCUAGCGUCAUCAAGAAGCUCGCUGGUGUGGCCGCUGGCGAGUACAAUUUGCAGAAGGGGCUGAAGGGGGAGAUCAAGUUCCUGCAAGAAGAGCUCGAGAGCAUGAAGGGUACCCUCGAGGACAUCUCCAGGACUCCGGCAGACCAGCUUCUCAAUAAGGAUAAGAUCUGGUCCAGGAAUGUGAGGGAGCUGUCCUACGACAUAGAGGAUAGUAUUGACACAUUCAUGGUGCAAUGCAAGGGCAAAAGGCUGGGCACACAGCAUGGGCUCAAAAAGGUCAUUGAUAGGAGCCUCAACUUGCUGAUGCAGCCAAAGGUUCGCCAUAAGAUUGCUAAAAAAGUCAGAGAGAUCAAGAGCCACGUCAUGGAGGUGCACGAGCGGCGGCGCAGGUAUGAGGUCAACCUUGGUGUUGAUAAAUCUGUUACUGUCGACCCUCGUUUAUUCACUCAGUACACUGAGGUGAAAGAGCUUGUUGGAAUUGAUGAGGCAAGGGAUGAGUUCAUCAAUAAUUUUUUGACAGAAGAGAAUAACAUCCCCAUGAAGCAAGGGAAGAUAGUUUCAAUUGUUGGAUUUGGAGGCCUGGGAAAGACAACUCUUGCUAAUGCAGUUUAUGAAAAGAUUAGAGCACAAUUCGAUUGUUGUGCUUUUGUUUCUGUAUCUCAGACACCUGACCUGAGGAAACUAUACAAGGGGUUGCUAUAUGAUCUUGGCAAGAACAUUAAUGAAGAAAUAUUGGAUGAGAGUCGACUCAUAAAAGUAAUCAGAGAAUCGCUUCAAGACAAAAGGUAUUUCGUUGUUGUUGAUGACAUAUGGGAUAUCUCAGUUUGGAAAAGUAUUAGAUGUGCUUUGCCUAAUAAUGAUGUUGGAUACACAAUUAUGACAACUACUCGUGUUUCUAAUGUUGCUGAACAAGCCGGUUGUGCUUACAAGAUGAAACCCCUUUCUUCGAACAAAUCUCGGAAGCUAUUUUUAAGAAGAAUAUUUGGUAUUGAAAAUAAAGACAAUAAUGAAGAAACAGAAAAAUGUCCUGAUGAUGAACUGGCUGAAGUAUCUGACAGAAUACUAAAGAAAUGUGCUGGUGUGCCCUUAGCAAUUAUUACAAUGGCUAGUUUGCUAGCUUGCAAAGCAAGAAAUAAACUGGAGUGGUAUGAGGUGUAUAACUCUGUUGGUACUGGUAUGGAAAACAAUAUGGACGUGGAGAAUAUGAGAAAGAUUUUGUCUUUUAGCUAUUAUGAGCUGCCAUGCCAUCUAAGGACUUGUUUAUUAUAUUUAAGCAUGUUUCCUGAAGAUUUUGUAAUUGACAAAGAUCGUUUGAUAAGGAUGUGGAUAGGUGAAGGUUUUAUGCAAUGUGGAAAACAGGGGAAGAGUCUAUUUGAACUCGGAGAGAGUUACUUCAACGAGCUCAUAAAUAGAAGUAUUAUCCAACCGUUAUAUAACUCAUUAACUGGCAUGCUAUGUAGUUGUCGAAUACAUGAUAUGGUGCUCGAUCUUAUCCGUUCCUUGUCAAGUGAAGAAAACUUUGUUACUGUACUAAGUGAUAUGGAUAGCACAUCUCCAUCAAAUACGAUUCGGAGGUUGUCCCUUCAAAAUGGCAAGAAAAGUCAUGUAAUGGCUCAAGCUACAAGGAGCUUGUUGCAACAUGCAAGGUCUGUUGUUAUCUUCCCAUCUGCCGUUGCUCAAGUGCCGGCUGCUGGCAGCUGCCGAGUUUUACGUGUACUGGAUUUAGAGGAUUGCAAUCUUUCACAAACAAAUAGCCUUAAGUACCUUGGGAAUUUAUGUCACUUGAGGUAUUUGGGACUGUAUCAUACACGUAUUUCUCAUCUCCCAAAAGAAAUAGGAAACCUGCAAUUUCUACAAACAUUGGAUGUGAGGCGCAAUUAUAUUUCCAGCUUGCCUUGGAGUGUUGUCCAGCUAAGAAAUUUGAUGUGCCUAGACAUUGACGUGUCUACAGGAGUGCCAAACGGAAUCGGAAACCUAACAUGCCUUGAGCAGCUGUCACGGUUAUGGAUUGAUGACUCCACCAUAAACAUUAUAGAGGAGUUGGGCCAGCUAACUGAAUUGAGGCAGCUGCGUAUUCAAUUGGACGAGUGGAAUGACAAGCUGUUGGAGUGCCUACGCAAGCUACAAAAGAUCCAGCAACUAGAAAUCUAUGUCUCUCCUGGUCAACGUAGCAUCGGUGCAUUGGACACUUGGAUCGCCCCUCGACAUAUUCGGGAGCUGCGGAUAAUGGACAGCUAUUGGUUUUCUACACUGCCGGCUUGGGUGAAUCCAUCGCUUGUUCCGGAUCUCACCUGCCUAUCCAUCGUCGUGAGGGAGGUACAUCAGGUCGAUCUCGAUAUCCUAGGGAGGUUGCCAGCUCUCCGCUCUCUAUACCUAGCAGUGGACAAUAAGAACCUCAGAAUCCUUGAGGGAUUCAUUGUUGGUGCUGGUGCGUUCCCGUGCCUUGUAUCCUGUUACUUCUGGAAAUUUGUAUGGCCAGUGGUAUUUCAACAAGGAGCUAUGCCAAGGCUCAGAGACCUUUUGCUCAGGUGGUUGUAUUAUGUGCGGGAGGCAAGAGGCAAUGCCAGCAACGAUGGUGGUUUUGACAUGGGCCUUAGGAACCUGCCAUCGCUGCAGUCAAUCAUCGCUGAAGUCCGAUGUGAAGGCGCUAGCAAGGAAAAGGCGGAGCAAGCCAAGGCUGCGCUGAUGCAUGCAGCUGAAAUGCAUCCCAAUCAUCCCAACCAUGCUAUAUAUAUUAAAUAUGAAGGUUCAGAUGACGAAUAACAUACAGGAAAAAAGAUUUGAGGUAACGCCAAUGAUAAGUUGCUGGCACAUGACAAGUUCCUCUACGGAGAUUAAAUUGCCUUGUGCACGGUUGGAACCUAGAGAUCUUCCUGGCUAUAUGUAGGUGAUUGGAGGCUUGUUUUUUGGUGAUCGCCAAAAAAAUUUUUGGUAAUGGGGAUUGGAUUGGUAAUUUGUUGGAGCACUUCAAUCACCAAAAAGACAAUUUUUAGGUAUUGGGGAGAAGGAUGGAUAAUCUGUUGGAGAUGCUCUUACCCUCAACCAUUAAAGGAAAGGAUCUUUUUUGUGGAGAGAUAUUCUGAAGCUGCUUGAUUCCUUUAUGGGUUUAGCCAUGGUUAAUGUUUUGGAUGGUGCUAGUUGUCUUUUUUGGAUGAUUUAUGGCUGAACAAAGUGCCAAGACACCACUACCCUCAACUCUCAACUUUUCUUCUUUGCAAAGUCUACACAAAUCUCAAUCAGUUCUUCCCGAAAUGCUGAAGGACCUGCUGCGAUGCUUCAUCUGCCCUUGUCCCCCCGGCUGCACAGCAACUCUUGGAGCUUGCUCAUUACUUGAAUGGUUUACCAGACUCCAAUGAGAAUGAUUAUUGGACAUACAUUUGGGUUCAUCAAUAUACUCCUCUUCUAAAGCUUAUGUUCACUUAACUGGUCAUAUGCCUACACAUCAGCUUUCCGUUGGCUAUGGAAAUCUUCUUGUCAAAAUAAGCACAAAGUCUUCUUUUGGCUUCUGCUCCGGGACAGACUCAGCACCAGGGAACUCCUUAGGAGACGGCACAUGCAACUGCCUCCUACUACUGUGCUUGCUGCAAUUUGGGGGUUGAUGAAUCCCUGUCACACCUGUUCAUUUCAUGCCCGUUUGCACAGGCCUGUUGGUUCAUGAUCGGUAUUUUUUUUUCAUGAGGUUGAUCCUUUUUUGACGCUUGUAAGAAGUUAAAGCUCAGCCUAGCACUCCCUUCUUCUGUUCUUCA